AUGCCAGGCGGACUAGAAGCGCACUUUCGGUCUUCGACCCCAGGGGCACUUACUAGGUGGCGCUGUUUCAGCAGCCACCCGCUCCCCAGGCCGCCCCUAGUGGCGAGCUACAGGGGCUUCUCUGGCUUCCCGGCUGACUUGACAGGAAUUAAAUGGAAACGAUAUGUAUGGCAAGGCCCAACUUCUGCCCCAAUUCUGUUUCCUGUGACUGAAGAAGACCCUAUUUUGAGCAGUUUUAGUCGCUGCCUUAAGGCAGAUGUACUUGGUGUUUGGCGGCGAGAUCAGAGACCUGGAAGAAGAGAAUUGUGGAUAUUUUGGUGGGGUGAGGACCCCAACUUUGCUGACCUAAUUCACCAUGACUUAGCAGAAGAAGAAGAUGGAGUGUGGGAGAAUGGACUUUCCUAUGAAUGCCGUACUCUGCUUUUCAAAGCAGUCCACAAUCUGUUGGAGAGGUGUUUAAUGAACCGUAACUUUGUGCGAAUUGGGAAGUGGUUUGUGAAACCUUAUGAAAAAGAUGAAAAACCUAUAAAUAAAAGUGAACACUUGUCCUGCUCUUUCACCUUUUUCUUGCAUGGGGACAGCAAUGUUUGUACCAGUGUGGAAAUUAACCAGCAUCAACCUGUAUAUCUUCUUAGUGAAGAGCACAUCACCCUUGCUCAACAAUCUAAUAACCCCUUUCAAGUUAUCUUAAGUCCAUUUGGAUUAAAUGGCACUCUCACAGGACAAGCAUUUAAGAUGUCUGAUUCAUCCACCAAGAAAUUGAUUGGUGAAUGGAAACAAUUUUACCCUAUCUCAUCAUGCUUGAAGGAGGUAUCAGAAGAAAAGCAAGAAGAUAUGGAUUGGGAAGAUGACUCUCUAGCUGCUGUAGAAGUUCUUGUUGCUGGUGUGCGAAUGAUCUAUCCAGCGUGCUUUGUGUUAGUUCCUCAGUCAGACAUUCCUACUCCUAGCUCCGUGGGAUCUUCUCAUUGUUCAACAACUUGCUUGGGUGUCCACCAAGUGCCUGCCUCUACAAGAGAUCCUGCCAUGUCUUCAGUAACUCUGACUCCACCUACAUCUCCUGAGGAAGUACAAACAGUUGAUGCUCAGUCUGCUCAUAAAUGGGUCAAAUUUCCUUCAGUUUCUGAUGGAUUCAGCUCAGAUAGUACUAGCCAUCAUGGUGGGAAAAUACCCAGAAAACUAGCCAAUCAGGUGGUGGAUAGAGUUUGGCAAGAAUGCAAUAUGAACAGAGCACAGAACAAGAGGAAGUAUUCUGCUUCAUCAAGUGGUAUGUGUGAAGAAGAAACUGCUGACAAAGUUGCAUCCUGGGAUUUUGUUGAGGCUACACAGAGGACAAGUUGCAGCUGUUCAAGGCACAAAAAUUUCAAACCAAGAAAUUCUGGACAACAGGGGCAGGCACCACCUGUAGGCCAGCAACAACAAGCAGCUCCCAAGCACAAAGCCAAUGAGAAGCAAGAAAAAAGCGAAAAGCCACAGAAACGCCCCUUGACUCCUUUUCACCAUCGUGCAUCUAUUAGUGAUGAUACUAUGGAAACAGAUACAGCAAGUCAGAGGCUGGUGAUCUCUGCUCCAGACAGCCAAGUGAGAUUCUCAAACAUCCGAACUAAUGAUGUGGCAAAGACUCCUCAGAUGCAUAGCACUGAAAUUGCAAACUCCCCUCAGCCACCACCUCUUAGUCCUCAUCCAUGUGAUGUGGUUGAUGAAGCAGUAACUAAAACCCCCUCAACUCCUCAGAGUCAACAUUUCUAUCAAAUGCCAACACCUGAUCCCUUGGUACCUACUAAACCAUUGGAAGAUAGGAUAGAUGGUUUGUCUCAUUCUUUCCCAGCACAGUUUCCAGAAGUUUUGGAGCCUACGGUAUAUGUUGGUACAGCUGUAAAUUUAGAAGAAGAUGAAGAUCAUAUAACCUGGAAGUAUUACAAGGUCCCAAAGAAAAAAGAUGUGGAAUUUUUACCACCACAGCUUCCAAGUGAUAAAUUCAAAGAUGAUCCAGUUGGACCUGCUGGACAGGAAAGUGUAACAUCAGUUACAGAGUUAAUGGUGCAAUGUAAAAAGCCUUUAAAGGUUUCUGAUGAACUGGUGCAACAGUAUCAGAGUAAAAAUCAGUAUCUUUCAGCAGUAGUAUCUGAUAUGGAACAAGAACCUGAAAUUGAUCCAUAUGCAUUUGUUGAUGGAGAUGUGGAAUUUCUUUUUCCUGAUAAUAAAAAAGACAAGCAGAACAGUGAGAGAGAACCUGGGAAAAAACAUAAGGCAGAAGAUGGGACAUCUAAUGUAACAGUGUUAUCACAUGAAGAGGAUGCUAUGUCAUUAUUUAGUCCCUCUGUCAAGCAAGAUGCACAACGUUCUGCUGGUCAUGCCCGUCCUCCAUCAACCAGCCUCAUUUAUGAUUCUGAUCUGGCUGUCUCUUAUACUGACCUUGACAAUCUCUUCAAUUCUGAUGAAGAUGAACUAACACCUGGCUCUAAAAAAAUACUGAAUGGCUCAGAUGAAAAAUCAAAUUCCAAGGAGUCAAAGGCAGGAAAUUUGGAUCCAUUAUCAUGUAUAAGCACUGCAGAUCUUCAUAAGAUGUAUCCAACACCACCAUCAUUGGAACAGCAUAUUAUGGGAUUUUCUCCAAUGAAUAUGAAUAACAAAGAAUAUGGUAGUAUUGAUACAACGCCUGGAGGAACUAUAUUAGAUGGAAGUAGUUCCAGCAUAGGAGCCCAAUUCAAAAUUGAGGUUGAUGAGGGAUUCUGCAGUCCUAAACCUUCUGAAAUUAAGGAUUUUUCAUAUGUCUAUAAACUGGAAAAUUGUCAAGCGCUGGUGGGAUGUUCCAUGUUUGCGCCUCUAAAAACACUCCCUAGUCAGUGUUUGCCUCCUAUCAAGCUUCCAGAAGAGUGUAUUUAUCGGCAAAGUUGGACUGUUGGAAAAUUAGAGUUGCUUCCUCCAGGGCCUACCAUGCCUUUCAUCAAAGAGGGUGAUGGAAGUACUAUGGAUCAAGAAUAUGGCCCUGCUUAUACUCCUCAAACUCAUACUCCUUUUGGGAUGCCCCCAAGCAGUGCACCUCCUAGUAAUAGUGGAGCAGGGAUUCUUCCUUCUCCCUCCACCCCUAGAUUUCCAACACCACGAACACCAAGGACACCUCGUACACCUCGUGGAGCUGGUGGGCCUGCCAGUGCUCAAGGCUCAGUCAAAUAUGAAAAUUCAGACUUGUACUCACCAGCUUCCACCCCAUCAACAUGUAGACCCCUAAAUUCUGUUGAGCCUGCAACUGUUCCAUCUAUCCCUGAAGCACAUAGUCUUUAUGUAAACCUCAUUCUUUCAGAGUCAGUAAUGAAUUUAUACAAAGACUGUAAUUUCGAUAGUUGCUGUAUCUGUGUCUGCAACAUGAACAUCAAAGGUGCUGAUGUUGGAGUUUACAUUCCAGAUCCAACACAGGAGGCACAGUAUAGGUGUACCUGUGGCUUCAGUGCUGUCAUGAACAGAAAAUUUGGAAACAGCUCUGGAUUGUUUCUUGAAGAUGAAUUAGAUAUCAUAGGACGCAACACUGAAUGUGGUAAAGAAGCAGAGAAACGUUUUGAAGCUCUCAGGGCUACCUCUGUUGAACAUGUCAAUGGCGUACUAAAAGAACCUGAAAAAUUGCCUGAUGAGUUAAUAUUAUUGCUACAGGAUCAGUGCACUAAUUUAUUUUCACCGUUUGGAGCAGCAGACCAAGAUCCUAUUCCCAAGAUUGGUGUUAUUAGUAGCUCGGUACGUGUUGAAGAACGGGAUUGUUGCAAUGACUGCUACCUUGCAUUAGAACAUGGACGUCAGUUCAUGGAUAAUAUGUCUGGGGGAAAAGUUGAUGAAACCCUUGUGAAAACUACAUGUUUACAUCCCUGGGCCAAAAGAAAUGCUAUAGAUGUAAGCAUGCAGUGUUCACAGGACAUCCUUCAAAUGCUCCUGUCCCUUCAGCCAGUACUUCAAGAUGCCAUUCAGAAAAAACGAACAGUGAGAUCUUGGGGAGUCCAAGGACCUCUUACUUGGCAACAGUUUCAUAAAAUGGCUGGCCGAGGCUCAUAUGGAACUGAUGAGUCCCCAGAACCACUGCCAAUUCCCACAUUUUUGUUGGGAUAUGAUUAUGAUUUUCUGGUGCUCUCUCCAUUUGCCUUGCCUUAUUGGGAGAGGCUGAUGCUAGAACCCUAUGGAUCUCAAAGAGAUAUAGCAUAUGUUGUACUGUGUCCAGAGAAUGAAGCCCUUCUGAAUGGAGCAAAAACCUUUUUUAGAGAUCUUACUGCAAUAUAUGAGUCCUGUCGAUUAGGACAACAUAGACCCAUUUCACGGUUAUUGGCUGAUGGUAUCAUGAGAGUUGGAUCUACUGCUUCAAAGAAACUUUCAGAAAAGUUGGUAACUGAAUGGUUUUCUCAGGCAGCUGAUGUCAACAACGAAGCAUUUUCUAAGCUCAAGCUGUAUGCACAAGUCUGCAGAUACGACCUGGGUCCUUACCUUGCUUCCCAGCCAUUGGAUAGCUCUUUACUUUCCCAGCCAAAUUUGAUUGUCCCCACAAGUCAGUCUCUGACUACUCCACCUCAGCUGAUAAAUACUGGGAAUUCAAACACUCCAUCUGCCACCCCAGCAACCACAACUAGCAGCACCAUGACUUCAAGUAGCUCCGUGUCUUCUUCAGUCACCACAACAAAUUCUACUUUGACUACAACCUCAUCCUCUUCCUCCUCCACCACCAACAUAAGCAGCGGAAUGUCAGCCAAUAAACAGCCUUCGUUUCCACCUUUUGGAAACAUGAACAAUGCUGCUGCUGGAUCUAUGGCUACACAAGCAGCCACUGUUCAAAGUGCCCAGUUAGGGGGACAACAGCCCCCAACUCUACAGACUGCUGGAGUCUCAGCAGAGGCAUCCUCUGGUCCUACUCAACCACAUCCAGAAGUGUCUGAAAGCACUAUGGAUAGAGAUAAGGUGGGAAUCCCAACAGAUGGUGAUUCACAUGCAAUCACUUAUCCACCUGCAAUUGUUGUUUACAUAAUUGAUCCUUUUACAUAUGAAAAUAAAGAUGAGAGCUCUAAUUCUAAUAUAUGGACCUUGGGUCUACUUAGAUGCUUCUUGGAAAUGGUCCAAACUCUUCCACCUCAUCUCAAGAGUACUGUUUCUGUACAGAUUGUCCCAUGUCAAUACCUGCUACAACCUGUGAAACAUGAAGAUAGAGAGAUCUAUACCCAGCAUUUAAAAUCUUUGGCUUUUUCGGUCUUUACCCAGUGUCGGAGACCACUUCCAACAUCAACCAAUGUAAAAACGUUAACUGGCUUUGGGCCAGGUUUAGCAAUGGAAACUGCCCUUAAAAGUCCUGAUAGACCAGAGUGUAUUCGGCUUUAUACUCCUCCUUUUAUUCUGGCCCCUGUGAAGGACAAACAGACAGAACUAGGAGAAACAUUUGGAGAAGCUGGACAGAAAUACAAUGUACUUUUUGUGGGCUACUGUUUAUCUCAUGAUCAAAGGUGGCUUCUUGCAUCAUGCACAGAUCUAUAUGGAGAACUAUUAGAAUCUUGCAUCAUUAAUAUUGAUGUUCCAAACAGAGCUCGUAGGAAAAAAGGUUCUGCUCGAAGACUUGGUCUCCAGAAAUUGUGGGAAUGGUGUUUAGGACUUGUACAGAUGAGUUCUUUACCAUGGAGAGUUGUAAUUGGUCGCUUAGGAAGAAUAGGGCACGGAGAAUUAAAAGAUUGGAGCUGUUUGCUGAGUCGCCGCAAUCUGCAGUCUCUUAGUAAAAGACUAAAGGAUAUGUGUAGGAUGUGUGGUAUAUCUGCUGCUGACUCUCCAAGCAUUCUUAGUGCUUGCCUGGUAGCAAUGGAGCCCCAAGGAUCUUUCGUUAUUAUGCCAGAUUCAGUAUCAACAGGGUCUGUCUUUGGCCGAAGUACCACUUUAAAUAUGCAGACAUCUCAGCUCAAUACCCCACAGGAUACAUCAUGCACUCAUAUACUUGUGUUCCCUACUUCUGCUUCUGUGCAAGUAGCUUCAGCCACUUAUACCACUGAGAAUUUGGACCUGGCUUUCAAUACAAACAAUGAUGGAGCAGAUGGAAUAGGUAUUUUUGAUCUCUUAGACACAGCGGAUGAUCUUGACCCUGACAUCAUUAAUAUCCUUCCUGCAUCCCCAACUACAUCCCCUGUACAUUCUCCAGGAUCUCAUUAUCCUCAUGGAGGUGAUGCUGGCAAGGGUCAAGGUACAGAUCGGCUGCUUUCAACAGAAUCUCAUGAUGAAGUAACAAAUAUUCUUCAGCAACCAUUGGCCCUUGGUUACUUUGUAUCAACUGCCAAAGCGGGUCCAUUACCUGACUGGUUUUGGUCAGCAUGUCCUCAAGCACAACAUCAGUGUCCCCUCUUUCUUAAGGCCUCUUUGCACCUCCAUGUGCCUUCAGUGCAAUCAGACGAGCUGCUUCACAGUAAACACUCCCACCCACUUGACUCAAAUCAGACUUCAGAUGUCCUCAGGUUUGUUUUGGAACAGUACAAUGCACUCUCCUGGCUUACCUGUGACCCUGCAACCCAGGACAGACGGUCAUGUCUCCCAAUUCAUUUUGUGGUGCUGAAUCAGUUAUAUAACUUUAUCAUGAAUAUGCUGUGAUCUUCUGAACUGUGCAAGAAAAGAACAAGGAAAAGGGAUUUUAUUUCAUUGCAGGACUAAGUUAUAAUCUUCUCAGUGCAAGUCAUUUGUGAUGGGGUAUCAUUCUUCUUACUUCAACAAAUAUUGUUUUGACCUGGGGGGAGGGGGCUGUAACCCUGCUGUUUUUCCAUUGAUCAUAUACCGAACUCUUUAGGAUUAUGAUGAUUGAUCAUACAAAAUGUAUUAUAACAUUUUAGUAGCAAAAAUUAACCUUUUUUUUCCAGUCACAGUAUUUGUGAAAGUAAUGAGCCAUAGUGCCCAGUCAUGUUAAAUGAAUAUUAAAAGCAUGGAGAAGAGACACGAGGAACAAUGAGUUCAGCAUAUGGCUUCAGAACAUCAAGAUGUUCUUGUAUUGGAUUAUAGUACCUAGUAUUCAAAAAUGCCUGCAUCUUAUUUAUUGUAAGUUUUUAAAUGUAUAAAUUGUCUUAUAUUUCUUAACCUCUUUUAUAAAAAUUUUCCUAGAAGGUUUAUACUGCCUUCUUGCUUUAAAGCAAUUGGUCUAAAAUAUAUGUAAUCGUCUUAAUUAAAAGUUGCAGUAGGGUU